CGGCGAAAGCGCCCGCUCGCCCGCCGCGCCGCGCCGGCCGCCACCGAUGCGCUGCCCCGCCGCCGCGCCAUGACCCUUAGCUCGGAGAUGUCCGAGGCGUCGACUCUGGCUGAGGAGACCGACAUCGAUGUGGUGGGCGAGGAAGACGACGAGGAGGACGACGAGGAGCCACGGACCCGCCGCGGCAGCGGCGGCGGCAAGAACAGCCUGGUGAAGCCGCCCUACUCCUACAUCGCUCUCAUCACCAUGGCCAUCCUGCAGAGCCCCAAGAAGAGGCUGACGCUGAGUGAGAUCUGCGAGUUCAUCAGCGGGCGCUUUCCCUACUACCGGGAGAAGUUCCCUGCGUGGCAGAACAGUAUCCGCCACAACCUCUCCCUCAAUGACUGCUUCGUCAAGAUCCCCCGGGAGCCCGGCAAUCCUGGCAAGGGCAACUACUGGACGCUUGACCCCGAAUCCGCCGACAUGUUCGACAACGGGAGCUUCCUGCGCCGCCGAAAGCGCUUCAAGCGGCAGCAGCUCCCGGCGCCCGAGCUUCUGCUGCGCGCCGUGGACCCCGCCGCCUUCCUCCCGCAGCCUCCGCCGCAGCCCCCGCAGCAGCCGCCCUGCGCCUACGGACCCUACGGCUGCGGCUACGGUCUCCAGCUCCAGCCUUACCACCCCCACUCCGCCCUCUUCGCCUUCCACCACCCCUCUCCGCCGCCCCGCCAGCCCCCGCCGCCCCCGGCAGCGCCCCCGCCGCCGGGCCCCUUGCUGCCGGCGGCGGAGCUGGCACGGACGCCCUUCGGCUUCGCGCACCCGCUGGGCCCGGCGCUGGCGGCCUCGCUGCACUCCGCCAAGCCCGGCAGCGGGGCGGCGCUGGCCCGCUCGCCCUUCUCCAUCGAGAGCAUCAUCGGGGGAAGCCCCGGCCCCGGCGCGGGCAGCAGCUGCGCCUCGCAGUCGACCGCGGCGCCGGGGCUGGUCCGCUCGCUGGGGAGCGCCGGGAGCGGCCUGCCCCCCGCCGCCGCCCUGCCCGCCACCCCCGGCUUCGCGGCACGGAUCUCUAACUGUUAAGUGUUUGGGAGUCUUUCCGAAGGUAGGAUCUGGGGUAUCUCCUUUUCCGCCGCUCGGACGCCCGGCGGACGCUGCCCGCAGGGGCUGCCUGUCUUUGCGUGGGGAUAAUUGUGAUGGGGCUCGGGGGCCGUCCGCCGCCAGCGACGGACCUCCCGUGACCUUCACUAGUGCAAAGCCAGGUGUAGAUCUAGAUACUGCACGGGCAGGCGGUCACUACAUCGGAAAGUUACUCGCUACUCCUUAAAAAGAAACAAAUACGGUGAUAAAUAAUGUCUCUAAACCUAAAGUUCAGAGAUUCUCAGGUCUAGAAGCUUGAAAACAGUAAUGUACAGGAGAGAAAAAAGGCUUGAGGGAGGACAGCAGAGCAAUACUUUUUCAUUUAGUACACUUGUCUCAUGUACUUUUAUAAAAGAAAAGAUUAACGUGUUUACACAGAAGAAAGUCAAGAUUAUAAUUUCUUAUUUUAACCUGUGUUUUGUAUUAUAAUAGACUUACGGAGUUUUUUAUUUUGUACUUUAUGCGUAUUCUUUACAAGGAAUAUUGUUAAAAUUACUGGCAAGUAUUAUUGUACCAUUUUAAUGUAAAAUUUUUACACAUUUUCAAAAAUAAAAUUUUUAAUUUUCAAAAAAAAAAAAAAAAAGAAAAAAACCAGAACAAAAAAAAACCAACAAAACCAAACCCAAAGACCAAAGGAGCCCAGCCAAACAACUGGCUUUGGAUCCUUCCCUCCUUAGCACUUCUCCUUUUUUUUUGGGACAUUGAUUUUUUUUUUCUUUGGGAUUAAUAGCACAAUAGUCAAGGAAUAUUCUAGCUUGAAAUUUAUUAUGUGCAGAUUUGACUGCAAAGAAGAAAAUAAAAAUACGAUAUUUGCAGUCAAUGCAUUGUUAACCCUAGCAGAUAAAGAAUGACAGAAAACCCAAAACAAACUAAACAAUCAAAAAAAAAAAAAAAAAAAACCACACAACCCCGACAAAAAAAAAAAA